AUCUUCCGAGGCUCCAGCCUCUCAGUGGAGUCCCCUGAGUCUCACCGGGACCCGGGCUGCACUCUCCUCCGGCACAAUGAGCAGCAGCUUUGUGGGCACCUGGAGGCUGGUCUCCAGCGAGCACUUCGAUGACUACAUGAGAGCGCUGGGUGUGGGGUUAGCCACCAGAAAACUGGGAAAUUUGGCCAAGCCCAAAGUGAUCAUCAGUAAGAAAGGGGAUACUAUAACCAUAAGGACUGAAAGCACCUUUAAAAAUACAGAGAUCUCUUUCAAGCUUGGCCAGGAAUUUGAAGAAACCACAGCUGACAACCGGAAAACAAAGAGUGUCGUAACCUUGGCCAGAGGCUCAUUGAAUCAAGUGCAGAAAUGGGAUGGCAAAGAGACCACAAUAAAGAGAAAGCUGGUGGAUGGGAAAAUGGUAGUGGAAUGUAAGAUGAAAGGCGUGGUCUGCACCAGAGUCUAUGAGAAGGUCUGAGAAAAUGGAUGCCUCGUUGACCUGAUAUUUGCUCAGCUGUUUCCAUGGCAGAGUCUGACUACACUGCAGUGUGCUUGUUCUUGCUUUUAUCUUAAUAGAUCAGACAGGAUUAAUUUACAAUCCAGCAUUAUUCGAAUAUGUUCAAUAUUCGAAUUGCUUGCAUAUCUUUGCUGUCUUAAAGUGUCUAGAUUGCCCUGACCUAAAUAGUUGAUAAUGUCAGUAAUUAAUUGUAAAAUUCUAACUUGCAUUUUGCAUACCUGCAAUGAUAAUAAAAGGAAGUAAACAUUCUGGUCAGGGGUAGCUCACACAGAUGCCUGCCGGGCGGGAGUGCCGAGGGGGAGGAGCAGAAGUGAGGCAACCCAGAGGAGCAGCUCCAGCCAAGACAAGCCGUCUCUACUCGACUCCAGCCAAUUUUUUCAAAUUGAGGUUAACUUAUAGACAGUGAAAUGCACAUGUCUUCAAGGUAAAGUUUAACCCAUUGCACGCACCCAUGUCACUCACAUCCUGUUCAAGACAUAGUGCAUUUCCUUAACCCCAGAAUGCUUUCCCAUGCCCCUUCCCAGGUCGUGUCCUGCCCUGUCCCACCUCCAACAAAAGCAAACAGUGGCUUAGUUUCUGUCACCAGAGAUUCGUUUUGCCUGUUCUCAAACGUCAUGUAAAUGGAUUCAUAUGUUAUGUAUUCUUUUGUUUGCCUUUUAAAACUCAGCGUGUUUUUGAAAUUCAUCCAUAUUGUUCCUGCAGAGUAAUGGGUUUCUUUUUAUUGCUGAGCAGUAUCUCAUUGUGUGAAUGUAUCACAGAUUCUUUAUCUCUUAUUCUCUUGAAACAGUUGGGCUAUUUCAAUUUGGGGCUAUGAUGAGCAAAGCUCCUAUAAACAUUCUCAUACAAGGCUGUUUGUAGACACACGAGUUCCUCUCUUUUGGAUGAAUUACUAGGCAUGAAAUUCCUGGGUCCAGUUGGUUUUGACAGGCAGGAAUGAAGGAACUCUGUGUUCCAAUAAUAAUGAAACUAUUUCCGAUGUCUUACAUGAUUGAGCAAAUGAGAAGAUGUAUUAACGUUAGGAGACAGAAUUCUCCCUCUGGAAGAAGGAACAUGCAGCUAUGGAAUGAGGGGGAAGCAAACAAUGUGAAAAUGCACUGGGAUAGAUGGAAAUUCACGGUUUCUAAGGCAUGUAUUUGUAUGUGUGUGUACAAUGUGACAUGCAUACCUGCAUGUCCUGAUGUGCGUAUGCACAUAUGUGUUAAUGUGUAUGUAUACAGUAGUUCCCCCUUAGCCUUAAGGGAUACGCUCCCAGACCCCCAGUGGGUGUCUGAAGCCACAGAUAGUACCAAACCCUAUACAUACUAUGUUGUUUCCCUAUACAUACAGACCUACGAUCAAGUUUAAUUUGUAACUCAGGCACAGUAAGAUAUUAACACCAAGAGCUAACAAGAAAAUAGAACAAUUAUGACAGUAUACUCUAAUAAACGUUAUGUGAGUGUGGUCUCUCUCAGAUAUCUUGUAUUGUCUUCACCUUUUCACUUAGAGGAAGCACUUUAAGGCAUAUCCGAAUUGCCAGCAGCACUACUCUUGCGUUUUGGGGCCAAUAUGCAGUAAAAGAAAGGUUAUUUGAACACAAGCCCUGCGAUCUGACAACCCAGACGGCAGCUCAGUGACCACCGGGCACGGAGCGUCUACAGCGUGGAGACGCCGACAGGGGAGUCACCUCCCAGGCUGGGCGGGCAGAAUGGCGCAAGAUUGCAUCAUGCUACUCAGCACUGCACGGAACUUAAAAGUUAUGACUUGUUUAUUUCUGAAAUUUUUCAUUUAAUACUUUUGGACUUGAUUUACUGCAGGUAACUAGCUGAAACCACAGAAAGCAAAGCCGAGAAUGAGGAGGGACUUACUGGACACGUACACACAUGCAUGUGUUUCCCAACUACUAGUAUAUCUGCCAAAGAGCUUAGAAGCAAAGACACCUCCGUGGGAAUGAGUGCACCCAGCACCCACACCUUGGUGUCUACACCUCAUGCCCCACUAAAACGAAGGAGGCUUUGGAAAAAAGGCCAAUCCCAAUGGGAGAGCAGUAGGAACCACCUGAGUCUAAAAUAUCUUGUUAUGACAGAAAGUAAGGACGUGUUCAAAUAAAUAACGAGCAAAUAAAUAACGAGGUAUGUCACCCAAAUAUGCCAAUCAGCUUGAAGGCACUCCCACUGGUUGGCCCAAACUGGGAUAAUUUGAGAAGCAAAAUAAUAAAGAAAAAUCAUAAAUUACAAACCAUUGGGGGAAAAUAAGAAUCUGUGAGUAACACUGGAGGGAGGGAGAGAAAGAGAGAGAGAAAGGAGAAGGAAUUGUCUUCCUUACCAUAGAGUGCCAUGGGCUCACCCGUAAAUGUGGAAGAAGAGUGGGAAUUGGAAAAUCAUCAUUUUUCAACCACCACAGUAAAUAAUGACUCAGUAAGAAUGAUCAAUGAUGUUGAGGCCAGAGGGAAAUUCUGGUUAGGAGCAGGAUAUUGGUUUGCUCCUAAGGUAUCUCCACACGGAUUGCUCAUUAGUGACACGGGAAAGAACAGCAGCUGCGCAGCGGGAAAACUGGGUGACCUCCUGACCGGGUAGCUCACAUGAACCUUGCCAACGAAGGACGGGUGCAAAACACGUGGCUUCCAUGUGACACCCUGAGAAGGAGGUGACAUCACUUGCGUAGUAUUCUGGCCAGGAACCCAUGUCUGGGCCUAAUCUGAAGAAACAGCAGACAAACUCCAAAUGAGUAAUGUUCUGUUAAAAAGGGGGAAGGGGUGUUGGUUGAAUUCUUUAAAAAUCACAGAAGACAAAGAGAGGCUCUGGGGAAAUGUCCCACUGGAUGUGAACUAAACGUACCUGGCAGCUCCCUGCAGUCAGUGCCUCGCGCUGCACCUGUGCAGAUAAAACAAUACUCCAAGGGGCAAUAUUAGAGGAACUGGCAAGUUGGAAUAAAGACGGCAACUUAGACUAGAAGUUUACUGUGACUACACAAGACAAUAUCCCUAUUUUUGGGAAAAUACAUUGAGGUAGGUUGGGGUCAUGGUCCAUAAUGUAUGCAAUUUACUAAAAAGUUUCAUAAAAAACAUUGUGUGCAUGUACAUCCAUUACAUACACACCUCCAGAAAGAGAGCAAUUGAUAGAGCAAAUGGGCUAAAAUCUAACAAUACAUGGAUCUAAGCACAAGCGAUUUUUUUUUUUUUUGCCUCAGUCUGAUUCUUGAAACUUCUGCAAGUUUAAA